UAAUUACCAAAUUACCCCUGGAGAAAGAUUUCAAUUCCCUUCUCGCCGCAGCCUUCACUUUGAUCUUCAGAUUGCAGUUCACCGCGCGCAGAGCUCGUUCCAUUUACUCUGAUUUUCACUCCACGGUUUUACUCUCUCUCUCUCUGAGGUUAAAUUUGGGAAUGGGCAAUGAGGAAUUGACUGAGCAGGAAACUGCUCUGUACGAUCGCCAAAUUAGGGUUUGGGGCGUUGAUGCUCAACGAAGACUGAGCAAAUCUCAUAUACUAGUUAGUGGACUCAGAGGCACUGUUGUUGAGUUUUGCAAGAACAUUGUUCUAGCAGGAGUAGGUAGUUUAACUUUGAAUGAUGAUCGUCCGGAUGCAAUUGCAAUACCAUGGAGAUCUCUUCCGAAGAGGGUGUCAAAGCUUUACUUUGCUAUGAGAGUGCUUGAAAGGUUCGAAGAGGCUGAGGGGCGUAAUCCUGGAGAAACUUCUACUGCAGACCUUCCUAUUGUCCUAAAGUUGCGGAAGGACCUUUGUGAGGCACAUUCACCAAGUGAAGCUCAGAUUCCUGAUUCUCUUCUAGAAAGAUUGUUGGCGAGUACAACAGAAUUCCCUCCUGUUUGUGCCAUAAUAGGGGGAAUUCUUGGACAGGAAGUUAUUAAAGCUAUAUCAGGCAAAGGAGAUCCCCUCAAGAAUUUUUUCUUCUUUGAUGCUGUGGAUGGGAAGGGCAUAAUAGAAGACAUAUCAAACACCAACACACAUAGCUAGGCAGAGUUGGUCUGGGAGGUUAUACUUCUUUGCUUUUUAACUCAUGAUUUUGAUUAUGAGAAAAGUUCACAGAAGUUUUGUUCCUUUUUCUAGAAUACUUAGAAAAAAAAUUGGAUUUUGUAGGUUAUUUUAGGAUGGGAUUCACAUUGUAUUAAUUGGAGUUCUUGACUUAUUACACUUGUACAAUGGGGGAUUCAGAUGUCCUGUGGUAUACUUUCUCUAAACAAAUUUUUAUUUGUUGGUUUUUUC